CGACACUAUUUCCCCAUUAUUAAACCCUACCAAAUGACUAUUUUACUUCACCAUUGCUACAUAUCACCCUCUUUAGCUGGGCUUAACUCGAACACAGAAUACAUCAACGCUCUAGUAACGGCAGUGCCCGUAGUAACUUCAUGUCAGCCGGUGAGGCGGCGAAGCAUAGAGAAAAGGCUACCGCAAAGGAGAACUACAGAAGUCUCAUCCUUUCAGAUAUAACAGUCUGUCUGUUCUUCCUAUUCCUGCUGCACUCUGCCUUUUUCAGUACCGAAAACAUCGUCUUGGUCUCCUCGUUCUCGCUGGACGCCGUCUACCAGCUACUUCCAAUCUUCGAUCCCUUCAACUAGGCGGUCCUUCUCACAUUCAAGACCCUGGGGCCUUUCGCCCUGGUUUCUGCUAACAUUGAAUUUCUGACCAAGUGACUGAAUCUUCAAGGUGAGAGUCUAUCCAUGGCAUGGUUGUCGUGGGCAUCGGUGACUCCACGACUCUGCGCUUAUUCUGGGCAGUCGAGGAUUAGCAUGUUUAUUAUUGUUUCUGCGUUAUGUGCUUUUGUUGCCAGGUUAGAAGUUCUGAUAGAGGUGCUUGUUAGAGGUGUGGAAUUUCAAGACGAUAUGUAGAGUAAAGGGAAAUCACUAGGUGUAAUGAAGGACCUCUAAAUAGGCGGACGGUUACUAUAUAGAAAAGAGCUUCGAAAGGUGGUUAACCCUUGGCUCUGCAUUGACGGCGG